UAAUUUACGUUGAAGCGGGUAGCGAAUCGAUAUAUUCGAUGAAAUUCACAGUAAAGAUAUCAAAUAACUGCUCGAUGUUGAAAGUUGGCAGGGUAGGCGAAAACAUUAUCAGUAGUUCUUUGUAUGUAAGGUAAUUAAUUGAGUUCAAUAUAGUUUAAUGCAAAAUAACUAAAUUCUCAGGUUUUCACAAACUUUCCGAUAUUUCUGUUUUUGUUCUAUCGUCCGUUUUUUUAAAAAUUUUUUUGCGAUCGUUAUUCUAUUACGAUCUGUAAAGGACGUUAAAAACUCUUUUUCAGUUUAUGAAGGGCCCGAGUCGGUGUCCUGACAUCUCUUCUUUUUUCACAGCUAUACAUAAAAAAACAUGAUCUAUUCAGAUUUAAUUUUGUAUUCAACAAGUGACAAGUUUUACUUUUGCCCAGUUUCUGAAAAAAUUAAAGUUCUUGUUAUUGACAGAAUCACAGAGGAAAUAAAAAUUGAAAGCAAUCCUUGUAUACCAAACUCAUCUGCCAAAUGCCGGAUAUUCGGUUUACUUGGCAUAAUUCGCCUUCUAGCAUCGCCGUAUCUUAUAAUUGUUACCGAGCGAGAGUCAGUCGGUCAACUUCACAAACAAGAAAUAUACAAAGCUGUUAAUACAGCACUAAUACCAUAUGCUCCGAGUAUGGUACAUCUGAAUGAGGCACAGAUUAAAUAUGAGAGGCAAUAUAUUCAAAUGUUAGAAAGCAUUUUGGCAACACCGUGUUUCUACUUUUCGUACUCUUAUGAUCUGAGCCACUCAAUCCAACGUCUUUACCAUAUUUCACCAGAUUUUCUUAAGAUGCCACUUCACCUUAGAGCUGAACAGAAAUUCAUCUGGAAUGAGACAUUAUUAAAAGAAGUAGUAAAAGUAGAUGAGUAUGGACUUUUUUGUCUUCCAGUCAUUCAUGGAUUUGUUUCUAUAAACACAUGUAUUGUUAAUGGGCGUACUUUUACACUUGCAUUAAUCUCAAGAAGAAGCAAGUUAAGAGCAGGCUCAAGAUUGUUUAUACGAGGUAUUGAUCCUGAUGGAAAUUGUGCUAAUUUUGUUGAGACUGAACAAAUUGUAGAGACCUCAACUGAUAGAGCUAGCUUUGUGCAGAUUAGGGGUUCCAUUCCACUGUAUUGGCAACAAUGGCCCAAUCUGCAUCCAAAGCCAAAACCCCAAAUAAUCCAAGAUGAACAUCACCUUGAGGCCUUCAACAAGCACUUUCAAUACCUCAUUCAUGAGUAUGGGCGACAAGUCCUUGUUAAUCUGGUCGACCAAAAAGGCUCAGAAGGGAAACUUGAAACAUUUUACCGAGAAACAGUCAACAUUGCAGGAAAUCCAAACAUAAAAUAUGAGGCCUUUGAUUUCCACAAGGAAUGCUCUAAAAUGAGGUGGGACAGAUUGCAGAUUUUGAUCGAUCGCUUGGCACAGGACCAAGAAGAUAUGGGUGUCAUGAUGAUGGUUGGAGAUGGUAAAAUAGUUUCCCAACAAGAUGGAGUGUUUCGGACAAAUUGUAUUGAUUGCCUAGAUCGGACCAAUGUGGUACAAAGCAUGCUUGCUAGGCGUUCUCUGACAUUUAUCCUCCUAAAGCUAGGUGUCAUUCCUUCCGGGCAUUCUGUGGAGUCGUACGAAGGUUUGGAGUAUCUCUUCAAGAACGUGUGGGCUGACAAUGCUGACUACAUAUCAAUACAAUAUGCUGGAUCAGGUGCUCUUAAAACUGAUUAUACCAGAACCGGUAAAAGGACAAGACCGGGUAUAAUUCAGGAUAUUAAAAAUGCAGUGAAACGCUACUACAAAAAUAACUUUAAACAUGGAAAAUAUCAGGACAGUAUAGAUUUAUUCCUUGGCAAUUAUAAGAUCCAAUCUGGUGAAGGUAUUCUCGCUGUAAGCCCACUCGAAGUAGAGCAUGACUGGAAAUACACAACGUUUCCAUUGGUACUUCUUGUUGCUGUCGCUAUGUUUCUUGCAAAUCUCAUCACACCAACAGAAUACACUACUGGAACUCUUCUUUGCCUUCUUUUUUGGGGUGCAAUGAUUUCUUCCACUAUCUCGACCAUUUUCUACUAUGGACAUGAGUUCAUCGAUUCACCAAGACUUGUACAAAGACAGAUCUCACCUCAUGUUGACACCAGGCCAUAGUCCUUUUUACUUUUUUCAUUGAUAGAAUAUAUUCGUUUGUUAUGAAGGGGGGGCUGGCAAAAAUUUAAAAACAGUAUGGUUAAGUUUUUGUGUGUAUGCUCAGAACAUACUAAUAAUUAUUAUCCCACACACAUAAUCAGUACAGUUGUCAUUGUAAUAUAGCUUUUUACUUUAUUAUCCUAACCUAGUUUCCACAAAUAAUAAAAAAUAAUGCUCUACCCAUACCAAUGUUAAACUAUAAUUUAAUAUAGUAGUGCUGUAAACAAAUGUUUAGCAAUUGUCGUAAAUAGCGACAUGUAUACAAUGUUUAUCGUGCAAUUUUCUAACAAUACAUUGUCUCUCAAAAUAAGUAAAUUUUUUCUUAUUUACAUUACAAGACAUUUUUCAAAAUAUAUAUAUUUUUUUAAUUUUAUUGUAAAAACAGAAUUUUUAGUGAGUUUCUAUUAUUUUUGAUCAGACGUUUCAGUUUGUACAAAAAUCCAUGCCAUAAUUAAGAGCGUUCAGUUUUAUUCUUAAGUGAUAAAUGUUAAAACAUUUAUGCAAAUGUAACUGUGCAAUGUACAAAAUUCUAUCUCUAUAAUAAGUCUUCAUAUCUGCAAAUAUAUUAAACGGAUGAUAGCAUUUCUAUUGAAGAAAGAAAAAGAGAGAGAGAGAGAGUGAGAGAGAGAGAGAGAGAGAGAGAGAGAGAGAGAGAGAGAGAGAGAAAGUGAGAAGGAAUUUAUUAUUUGUAAAGAGAAAUUCUAUGUUCCAGGAAUCAGCUUCAAAGCCAAAAUUGAUUUACAAAAAUAUUUGUUAAUAAAAUUUGUUCUUAAAAAGGUAA